GGUGGUUGAAGUACCUUACGACCAAUCGUCGAAAAAAACUAAAAAAAAAAUGUUUGUUUCAAACACGGCUUAGCAUAACCGGUGGACAAGUGUUUAUUGUUCUUGUAUAGCUUUGCUUGGAGUUUUCAUGGCCAUGAACGACGCAUUAAUUUUUCGAGUUAGUGCAUUCUCCGAGCAAGGAGGAAGGAGAUACAUGGAGGAUGUUAUUGAGUUUAAAGUGGAGUACGAACCGCCUGAACCAGAGCCAGCAGAGGGUGGUCUGAAUUCGGCAGAACAACAAGGGGAGUCAAAAGUAGAGAAUCAGCAGAUUGAUCAUACUGAGCAGACCAUAAUAAGCAAUUCCCCCGACAACGUUCAAGAAUCGAUGCCUGUUACUGCAAUGUGGACAGAAAACAUAACAUGUGAGAAGCAUGAGGACGUUUCCCAGGCAGAAGUUCCAGAAGAGCACACGGUCGCUCGGAAGUCUGUGGCGUUUUUUGGUGUAUUUGACGGUCACGGAGGGCGAGAAGCAGCUCAUUUUGCGCGAGACAAUCUGUGGGGUAUUCUGAAAAGGCAAAGGGGGUUUUGGUCAAAAGAUCAAGGAGAUGUCUGUGAAGCAAUUCGAAAGGGGUUCAUUGCCUGCCAUCAUGAUAUGUGGAAAGAGCUACGUAAGUGAACUAGUUAGCUAGCCUAGCUUGUGUUUAUAGCAUAUUCGCUGACUUUGAUGCUAUCUACCUGCUAGGUAGCCAACAACACUAAAGUUAGUGUUGAGAAAUUAUGGCGCCACAUCUGUGGUUUAGCUAGCUACAGUCUGUAGCUAGCUAACCCCUUAUUGCUGCUGCUACUACCAAAGAUGAUUGCCUCUUCCUCUCUGCUACAGUCAGGACAUCCAUCCAUCCAUCCAGUUAUUAUUAGCUAUUACUGGCAAUUUUAUGAGCUGGUCUUUUCUAUGUAUCGCUCAGGGGUUUGGGAAUACACAACAUCUGGGGGUUUGGAAUACCUAGCUCUGCAAGUAGAGCAUAAAAGGUCAGCAUGUCAAGCUCAUCAUUGCUUUUGAAGCACAAGGUUAUCUCAUGUCAAGCAUGCUCCUGUCUCAACCUCAGACGUGUCAUCCUAAGAUCUCCUGAUUUCCUCUAGUCUAAAUACACUUCUCUCAUAUGUAGGCCUAAUGCCAAUUGUCACAUCCACUAAUCAGUGUUGCCGCAAGGUGUUUGUUCAUAAUAAUGUCUUCCAAUGCUUUCCCCAUCUGAAUCCUACAGCUGAGUGGCCCAAGACUCUGACCGGCCAGCCCAGUACGGCAGGAACAACGGCUAGUAUAGUGCUGAUCCGGGGGGAUCAGAUGUACGUAGCCCAUGUGGGGGACUCAGCAGUGGUUGUUGGGGUGAAAGAGCCGGGUGAAAAGAACAUCAGGGCCUUGGAAGUCACACAGGAUCACAAACCUGAACUUCCCAAAGAGAAGGAGCGCAUUGAGAGACUUGGGGGCAGGUGAGUAGGAGGGGACACUUCAGUCUCAGUUUGUGUCAUUGCCAAGUGUGUACAUGGAGUAGCCAGCCAAAUUGUUUUUCAGAUGUAUUUUAUUGGCGCAGUGGACACUAAGGGUAAGGAAACCAAUGUGUUAUUUGGGUGAACUAUCCCUGGCCUGUCAAUUAAUCGCUGUGGGGGGGAUUGUCAGGGAGGGGAAAGGAUGUUUGUCAGAGUUGGUAGGGUUUUAGACCUGUCAAUCAAUCACUGGGUGGGACUUUGAGGGAAGGCAGUAGAUUAGUAAUCUAGUCAGAAACUAGUCUAGUCUACUCUUUCAAUGUAAUUUAUUGUGGCAAUAACUAAAUAUAGUGUACUCUUUCAAUUUUCUUUAUUGUGGCAAAAACCUAAGAACAAAUGUGGUGUUCUGUCAAGUAAACAUCGAUUCCCUUUUGAGAAACGAUAUAGAAUUGCAGGGGAUUUUUUUUUUAUGCAUACAUUUUCAGGGGGAGGACCCCCAGACCCCCCGCCAGAUCGAUUUAUACAAAGUCAGUCGCACAUGAAUAGACCUACAGGUAUGAUUGAAGGAUGAAGCAGGUGUUAAACAUGGGCUUUGCUACACAGAAGUUGACUACACCAUUGUUGACACUAAUCAAAUCAGUAGACCUAUACCAAUAUCUUUAAUAAUACCAUAUACACUAUAUACAAAAGUAAGUGGACACCCCGCUAUUUCAGCCACACCCGUUGCUGACAGGUGUAUAAAAUUGAGCACACAGCCAUGCAAUCUCCAUAGACGAACAUUGGCAGUAGAAUGGCCUUACUGAAGAGCUCAGUGACUUACAACGUGGCACCGUCAUAGGAUGCCACCUUCCAACAAGGCAGUUCGUCAGAUUUCUGCCUUGCUAGAAAUCGUCUGUCCUCGGUUGCAACAUUCACUACAGAGUUCCAAACUGCCUCUGGAAGCAACGUCAGCACAAUAACUGUUAGUCGGGAGCUUCAUGAAGUGGGUUUCCAUGGCCGAGCAGCUGCACACAAGCCUAAGAUCACCAUGCGCAAUGCCAAGCGUUGGCUGGAUUGGUGUAAAGCUUGCCGCCAUUGGACUCUGGAGCAGUGAAAACACAUUCUCUGGAGUGAUGAAUCACGCUUCACCAUCUGACAGUCCGACGGAUGAAUCUGGGUUUGGCGGAUGCCAGGAGAACACUACCUUCCCCAAUGCAUAGUGCCAACUGUAAUGUUUGGUGGAGGAGGAAUAAUGGUCGGGCUGUUUUUCAUGGUUCGGUCUAGGCCCCUUAGUUCCAGUGAAGGGAAAUCUUAACGCUACAGCAUACAAUGACAUUCUAGACGAUUAUGUGCUUCCAACUUUGUGGCAACAGUUUGGGGAAGGCCCUUUCCUGUUUCAACAUGAUAAUGCCCCGUGCACAAAGCGAGGUCUAUACAGAAAUGGUUUGUCGAUCGGUGUGGAAGAACUUAUCUGGCCUGCACAGAACCCUGACCUCAACCCCAACCAACACCUUUGGGAUGAAUUGGAACGCUGACUGCGAGCCAGGCCUAAUCGCCCAACAUCAGUGCCCGACCUCACUAAUGCUGUUGUGGCUGAAUGGAAGCAAGUCCCCAACAUCUAGUGGAAAGCCUUCCCAGAAGAGUAGAGGCUGUUAUUGCAGCCAAGGGGGUCCAAUUCCAUAUUAAUGCCCAUGAUUUUGAAUGAGAUGUUGGACUAGCAGGUGUCCACAUACUGUUGGUCAUGUAGUGUAAGUAUCAUUAGCUUUUAUAACCUUCAAUCUGUUUUCUUUUAUCAUAUUUUGGACCAGAGUGAGACUCUCGCCACAACCUAUUGUUCCUGCAGUGAGGAUUCACAGUUUUCAUUUAAUGUUUUCAUAAUUUAGCUGCAGAUAAUUGCCAAAAAGCAGUAGAAACCUACCAGUGCGCAAAUUAGAGGGCCAAAUGAAUGUCUCUCACGAUGCGAUUCGGUUCCCGAUGUUCAAAAAGAGCCGUUAGUUCGCGAACAACCCAUCACCAUCACUAGGCUACACUGACAAGUCAUUUUAGCGGUCCCUGGCAAGUCUCGACAUAGGCUUCGAAUCCUAGGAAAAUACAAACGAGAUCUUUGGUUUACUGGUUGCGAUACGAUGGAAUAAUAACUAUGUUGUGUGAUCUAUAAAUAGCAAAGGGAUAUAGGAGAGCGACUUGAUUCAGUCAGUUCGACAACUUUGUUAAACUUGUCAAGAGUUUCCCAACUCCAGUCCUCCAGUACCCCCAACAGCACACACAGCCCCGGACAAGUGCACCUGAUUCAACUUGUCAACUAAUCAUCAGGCCCUCAAUGAGUUGAAUCAGGUGAGUUUUUCUGGGGCUACAACAAACAUGUGUGCUGUUGGGGGUACUCGAGGACUGGUGUUGAGAAACACUGAACUAGUCAACACUUGCUGUUCGGUUGUCAAUCAAAGCACACAGUAAAUAGCCUAUGCGACCCGACUCUGUGGCUGGCUAUAUGAAACAAGCGAAAUGUAUGUGCCACAACAAUAAUUAAGUGUGUUUCAACUCAUCGUUACCACUUGCAUUACGUGUAAAUUAACUAACAUGAAAAUUAAUUUGACUGCAGCCAACCACAGCACACAAAAAUAACACGGGUACCGAGAGGCAGGACAGACAGCAGACUGACAAACCAGCAGUUUUUCCCUGUCAUCACUCACCUUGUGACUGACAGGCGCCUGUUCUUUCAAUAGAUUACUAGAAGAUGUACUGUAUAUCGUUCAUUCUAGUGGGAGAAGGCUAUACAGACUUUUCUGACUAGUGAAUUGAAACUUUUAAAUGAAAAGAAGCCUAGUUCAUUUAUGUAUAGAAAAAGUAGUGGGACGACAAUGAGUCUGUUACCAGCGGGAGGGCAAAAAUGGGUUGGUUAGCGAUGCAGUAUGUAACUAUUUGGCCUGCGGAGCAACAGUGAUUUGAUACUUAGGACCAAAUGGGUGCACUUUUGGGAUUGAAUCAUACAAAAUUAAAAUAAAUACACUGAACAAAAAUAUAAACGCUACAUUUAAAGUUUUGGUCCCGUGUUUCAUGAGCAGAAGUAAAAAAUCCCAGAAAUGUUCCAUGCGCACAAAAAGCUUAUUUCUCUCAAAUUUUGUGCACAAAUUUGUUUACAUCCCUGUUAGUGAGCGUUUCUCUUUUACCAAGAUACUCCAUCUACCUGACAGGUGUGGCAUAUGAAGAAGCUGAUUAAACAGCAUGAUCAUUACACAGGUGCACCUUGUGCUGGGGACAAUAAAAGGCCACUCUAAAAUGUGCAGUUUUGUCACACAAUACAAUGCCACAGAUGUCUCAAGUUUUGAGGGAGCUUGCAAUUGGCAUGCUGACUGCAGGAAUGUCCACCAAAACUGUUGCCAGAGAGUUGAAUGUUCAUUUCUCUACUAUAAGCUGUCUCCAAUGUCAUUUUAGAGAAUUUGGCAGUACAUCCAACCCGCCUCACAACCGCAGACCACGCGUAACAAUGCCAGCCCUGACCUCCACAUCCGGCUUCUUCACCUGCGGGAUCGUCUGAGUGGGGGUGGGGGAUGCUGAGGAGUACUUAUGUCUGUAAUAAAGCCAUUUUGUGGGGAAAAACUCAUUAUGUGGGUGGGCCUGGCUGCCAAGUGGGUGGGCCUAUACCCUCCAAGGCCCCUGACCAGUCAUGUGAAAUCCAUAGAUUAGGGCCUAAUGAAUUUAUUUCAAUUGACUGAUUUCCUAAUAUGAACUGUAAUUGUUGCAUGUUGUGUUUUAUAUUUUUGUUCAGUAUAUGAUCACAUAAUAAAUCCUCCGUCUUGUGUCCUUUUUAGUGUAGUGAAGAAGUCUGGGGUGAACCGUGUGGUUUGGAAGAGGCCCAGACUGACCCACAAUGGCCCUGUCAGGAGGAGCACUGUCAUAGACCAGAUUCCCUUUCUCGCUGUGGCCAGAGCGUUGGGUAAGCACUACACUGUUGGCCUAAACACAAGUUUCCUCUGCCCUCCACUAGAUAACAUACUGAUUCAUCUGGUCCAUAGCUGCUGCCUUUAUGCAAACAGUAUGAUUUUCAGUAAGGUUGUCAUACAAUCAUUUCAUUUAAUAUUUGCCCAUUGAUGAAGCAUAUUAAUGAUGUGUGUGCUCUGUUGUUGACAGGGGACCUGUGGAGCUACGACUUCUACAGUGGGGAGUUUGUGGUCUCUCCAGAGCCUGAUGUCACUGUAAUGACCAUUGACCCAAAGAAGCACCGCUACAUCAUCCUGGGUAGUGAUGGCUUGUGGAACAUGAUGCCAGCUAAGGAUGCUGUCGCUAUGUGUGAAAGCCACGACCAGAUGGUGGUAAGCCAGAGCUUCUUGUUUCCCAUUCAGACCAAAACGUCUUGGAUGUGUCUGCCAAUGCCCUUCUAACAGGUUGAUGGUGUUACUAUGUCUGCUCUUAGGGCCCUAAGGGAUGGUCCUGUGCCAAACGGUUAGGAUGCACGGCCCUGCUGUUCUGGCGUCAGCGCAUGCUCCGUGCAGACAACACAACGGUCAUAGUGAUUACCGUGCAGCACCCUGAUGAGCCACCCAUGACCAUGCACCUACAGGAGCUCUAUGUCAAUAUGGCAGAGGGCCUUGAUAAGAUCCCCCCCGUUACAACCGCUAACUCUCCCCGCCGUUACGACACCCCUAUUAUGGUACGUGCCAAGAGUAACUUACAACAGCACCCUCACAUUUUAACUUCAUCAGGCUUACAUGGUAAUCAGUGUUUGUUUUAUUUUAAUUGUAUUUUGUUAACACUAUUUAGAAGAAGAAAAAGCAGAAUUGCUAGAGCGAUCUGGAACCCCUGUGUCACUAGGUCGUUCCAGUCGUUUAUGGCUGAGUCGUGGAAUCUGACCGCUCAUUCACCAAGAUUACAUUUUGUUUUUGGGACGGAGAGAGGAGGAGGAUGAGGAUGGAGAGGUCUAUUUUGAUGAAGAACAUGGGCAAUAGCGACACCUAGAAUGGGAGUGAGGUGACUGUCCACUCAGUGUGAUUGAUAUUUGUUCAAAUUAAGGCCAAUGGAGGAACAUACAAAUUGCCAUUUGUUGUCAUUCAAAAUUUAAAGAUUUGAAGGUGUCACAUUUCAGAUCUAUACAGAUGUAGGGAACUGUAAAAAUAAUUAAACAUUUAGGAGUGUCACUAUCCUCAACUGUUAGAUUUUCUGCUAGGCUACAUUGGUUAUUGUGUUCACACCAAGCUACCCUACAUGGAUGCUGUUUUUGCACAGGGAGACACAAAGCUGCUGAUGAUGAGUGGGCCCCAAUUUUUGUAUUCACAAAUUAAGAGGGCUUCUGCCUUUAACAGACCUGUGCAUCUAGUUUGUGUACUGUUGGCGCAUUCAACUAAGCAGCCAUCUAGUGUUUUGGUAAGAGAGGAAAACUAGAGAGUAGGCGGCAGACGUUUUCUUUAAACGGAGUGUCUGUGGUUCUGGAUUUUCUGGAACCCGAUUUGCUGCUGAUAAGAAUACAGAGAUUUCUGCGCAUGUGCAGAUUUUUUAUUUUUUUUUACUAGCUGCUGCGCACUCCGCUACCGCUUCCCCCCUUCCAGAUUGUUUUACUUAGCUGAGCGCACUCUGCUCAGUGCUCGACUGCCGCUUCCCGCUCAUUGAUCGGCGAUGAACGCCUUUGUUUGGUGUAGCCUUCAAAGUUCAUGUUGUACACAAAAGACAUUGUCGACAUAUUCGAACUAUUGCAAAAGAGUAGGCUACUAAGCAUAAGCGUGAUGUUGUGUUCUUUUUUCAGAAGGGGAGUUAGACUACAUGCAGAACUAUUUACAUGUUGGGGCACCGGGCGAUGCAAAUCGAACUCGCCCCUUGACAGACUCUGGUUUCCGGUUUGGUUGUCUAGAACGUUCGGCUGCCCAGAGAUGGAACAGCUAGGUAGCCGACUCGUGCCGUACUUGCAUGAUCUUUUGAGAAAUAAGUGAAAUAGCAGUUUAGGGCCUGUCUGUGGUAAAAACGCAGAUUGUGUUUCGCCCCAAUGCAAAACUGAAGUGGGGUGUUACAUGAAGCUAUCUAGGCAGCAUAUAAAACACGAGCAAGACAGACACGUAGUCUAAAUAUAAUUGUAAUGUUAUUUUUUCAUCAUUGCAAACAUUGGCUAAGCAGGAGGCAGACAGCCAUUCGAAGUAGUAGUGUUAUUUUUUUCAGGAACUGUGACUAAUGUACGAUAUGGCAGCAACUAUAGCCCACAUCACACUAAACGUGGUUGUUAUUGGCACAUUGCAAUGUGGAGGGACUGCGUCCUGCUUGUGCAACUGCAAUAUCCGUUACAACAGACAGAGAAUGUUGUAGCCUUCAUAAUAGGCAAUCUUUUUUUGUAACGUUCGUUCAAAUCGACGCAGGUUUUUUUUAUUUCAGCUGUUCAGAAAUAUGAGGCAGAGACAGGCUACAUCAUCAUGGUUAAACAGGGUGAGUGAAGGGAUGGGGGAGUGUGAGCAGCAGCUACGUGGAAAAAAAUUUGUGCGUAAAAUAACAUGCGCAGAACGUGAUCUGUAUCCUUAGCUUUGAGGAAGAGGUUUCCGCUGCCAAAGCCGUUUCAAAAUCAUUUUAAGUGGAACGUGGGCUUAUUCAGGGUGAGGGGGUGGGAGUCUUUGAUCUUCCCCAGUUUUCUCUGCAGUGCAGUUGUGAUUCUGAUAAUGCAAAAUUGAAAGAACAACGAUUAGACAUAGAGCAGCUAAAAAGGUAGCUUGGGGUCUGGCAAUGGUUGUUCAUCUUGAUCUAGUCCAGAUCUCUGACUCCGGGUUAGUUGAUGGAUCUUGGUUAAUUGCAUAUCUGCAUCCUCUUAUCAUUCUGAUUAAACUACACGAAAUGAUGUUGACCAGAACUCCAGGAGAGCUGGAGGAUGUCUGCAAUUGGCAGUUACAUUACACAUGAAGGCAUCCACCUUGUUUUCUCAUUUAUGUAGUGCUGAGCGAUUAGUGCUUUUUGAGGUUGGUUCGGGUGGUGUUGAGUGCUGUAACAACACAGAAUAAAACCAUUAAUACAAGUCCCAUGAUAGUAGUGACUGCCCAUUUACUGAUUAUUACUUAUUAACCAUCAUUUAUUCACAUUACUUUACUAAAAUAUUUCAGUUGUGUAUGUUACAUUUGUUUUAUUUGAUGACUUUAUUUCAUUCCAUGUCAUCUCAUCUCUAUAGAGAUGCUGCCUAUUCUGUUUGACAAAAUCACUAUUUUAGUAGUUCUUCAAAGUAAAUAAGGCAUACAUUUAGGACUGCUGAAUACCAACUAUCAAUAACUUAGAUCGUAUAUUCAGGUAAAGAUACCUCACGAAGCAACUGCUCUCUAUCCCUCUCGAUCGCACAUUAUUCUGUCUCUUCUCACGCUCUCUGUGUCUGCCCCACCUAACAGGCAUAAAAUAAACACACUCGACAAGUAGGUGUGCAAUGAAUUAUGCUCAUUGUAGUUAAUUACCAUUUGUUCUGAGCUAAACUAUGUAGAAUAUUGUCUUGUUGAAAACUACAACGCCCUACUACAUCGCACAGUUUGGGCUUGAUCUGAUUUAUCUCUAGAGAAACUGCACAAUGUGCACAUUGAGCUCACAGAAAAAAUACAGAACAAAAUUUAAUUUGAAUAAUUGAACCAAUGUCAGUCAAUUCGUUGUUUAAAAACGGGAAAAUAACUGACAUUUCUUUAAUCGCUCAGCACUACAUUUGUGUUGCAAUAACCCUUCAUUUCUGGAAUCUACUCAGGGGUGCUUUGUUUGCUUCAUAUCAAGAGUGAUGGAAUAUAGAAUGUUAACCUUUAUGUGUUUGUUUAUCUGCCCUAUUCCAGCAGAGCCCAGAGGGAAACACUGUGCCCUCUGUGGGUGAGCCUCUCCCCCUCCCAGCUCUGGAGUGGAGGAAUAGCCUGUGUGAGGCUGGCCUCUGUCCCUCUUCAGAGCCCAUGGCAGAGGUGGACUCUCAGAGAGUGCCCCCAACAGACAGAACCUUGAACGUUUGUGCAAUUGAAAGCACAGGGACUCCAGGGGGCUCGGAACCAUCCACCCCUCUGGUGAGGCGGCUUCGUAGGCCCCCACACACUCCCCUCUCCCCCAGCAUAGCACAUCACAGCCUUGGUCGGUCCCCUCACAGUCCCCUGUCCCCCAGGAUGCCUCGCCGCAGCCUGGCCCGUUCUCCACGCAGUCCCUUGUCCCCUAGAACGUCUCGCCGCAGACUCAGUGACCGAACCCCUCUGAGGCGAGGUGGGAAGGGACAGAGACGCUCCCCCAAUGUUCCCGUCAUCCUGCCACAGAAACGCAAAGCUGCCUUGUGUGUGUGCUGA